AUGGAUAAGCCAACUCUCCACUGGGCUGGCUAUCUAGCUGCUGUUGGCUUCACGACGAAAACUUGCCGCGCCCAAAGCUACCACCGUUCCGUGAUACGAAAACGGCUGGAAAAUUCACGCAGGCGCGAAACUUUGGGCACAUCAGGCGCUCACCCCAAGCGGAGUGCGGAGCGGCUCGGCUACAUACUGCGAGAUCGCGCCAGAAAAAUU